AUGAAACUUCAAAAUAUCGCAGUAUCCGCAUUUCUAGCAAAUGCUGCUCUCGCAGCAAAUGGUGUCACAUUCCUUCAAUCAGCUUGCAACACUCUUACAUCAAGUUACACAUGGGAAUGCCCUUCGCAAUAUGUUUCAACGACAACCAAAUCGACAACCAAAAAGUCAAAAGGCAAAUCAACCGACACAACUUGCAAUUGCUGGAGUCCUGAAUAUCUCACCUCUUAUGUUAGUUGCGCUUUAAGAGCAAGCAAUAAGAAGGGUGAAGAGGUUAUCCAGCUUCUUCUCACUACUUGCACGGCUUCUACUAUUAGACCCACUCUCACUUACGAUGAGCUCAUGGAAAUUUAUGAAAAUGGUACCGACUACUUUGUCGAUGUCAAUAGUGUCAAAACUUCUAGUACUCUCUACAGCCCUAUUUUUUUCAAUCAAUCUUCUAUCGACAACAAUGUUAGAUCUAACAAAGCUUCAAAUUAUUCCAGUUAUUCCGGUAAACUUUAUGGUGGUCUCAUGCUUGCUUAUUUUGCUGCCAUCAUGGCAAUUGCUACUGUUUUUAACUUCUUUAAGACUGUCACUCCUGGUUUCUCAAAGAAAAUGGCUAAUACUAGACCUUUUGUUCUCGUUAGACAAAAGUUUGCCAACCCGGCUAUGUUUGGCUUCAAGAAUGGUCUUGCUUUCAAAUGGGGUCCCUUUAAUAUUGUUAACAUGUCUAUCCCUACUCGUACUCAAAGUUGGGUCAUUAUUGGUUACGUUGUGAUGUUUAUCAUUCUCAUGUUUAUCAAGUAUGAUAUUUUUGAGGAAAACACAAAGUACACUUCUAAGCGCGCCCAGCUCUCCAGAUAUGUUACCGAUAGAUCAGGUGAAAUCACCAUUUUCCAAAUGCCUCUGCUUUACCUUUUUGCUUCCAGAAAUAACAUUGCCAUGAUUUUCACAGGUUGGUCUUAUGACACUAUGAAUGCAUACCACAGAUGGAUCGCUAGAGUUACUGUAAUUGCUGUCUUGAUUCACUCUGUGGCUUACACUGAUGUUUACCUUAUUCGUGGUGCUGCUUCCUUACACUCUACUUGGAAAAAGGGCUGGAUGGUUUGGGGUAUUGUGGGUACUAUUUGUGGUUGCUUGCUUUGCUUCUUUUCUCUCCGCCAUUUCCGUGAAAAGUUCUAUGAAUUUUUCCUCUAUAUUCAUAUCGUUCUCGUGGCAUUCUUCACUAUUGGCACUUGGUACCAUCUUAAGCACACCCAUGCCGACCCUGAAUGGAUUUAUGCUACUGUUGCAGUUUGGGCUUUUGACAGAGCUUUCAGACUUAUUAGAAUCGUUUUCAACGGUCUUCAUGCUUCUGCUGAAGUCGAGCUUGUUAAUAGCGAUUUCAUCAAAACUACUGUCUCAUACCUCCACUGGUGGACUCCUGGCCCUGGCCACUACGUUUUCAUUAACUGGAUUUUCCCUAUCUGGAAAUGCUGGGAGAACCAUCCAUUUACCAUUUACCAGUCCCCUGUACCUGGUGAGGAGAAAAAAUUUAUUAUCAUGACCAAGAUUGAGAAGGGCAAGACCCAACAACUCGGUGAAUACCUGGCCAAAAAAGGAGGAAAGGUUAAAAUGCCUGUCCUCAUUGAUGGUCCUUAUGGUCACACCUUCCCAAUUGCUGGUUCUGAAACAAUUGUUCUCAUGGCUGGUGGUAUUGGUUUUACUGGAGCAUACUCUUAUGUCAACAAGCUUAAGGCUCAAGCUGAGAAAAAGCACAUUGUUUUCUUUUGGUGUGUUAGAACUCAUGAACAAGCUGAUCUUUUCAAGAAUGAAAUUGAAUUCAUGAACAAGUCUGGUAUUGAUGUUCAACUUUACGUUAGUGAUGAAACCGAAAGUUCGGAAGGAAGUAUUAGUGAAAAGAGAAGCAGCAGUUCUGAUAUUGAAAAGAACUCUGUCAGCAGCACUUCCAGCUCAACAGUUCACUAUGGAAUUCCCAACAUCCCAUCCAUUGUCGAGAAUUAUGUCACAGAAGCUCCUGGCAGUAUUGGAUUUUUUAUUUGUGGUCCUCCUGGUCUCAACGAUGCUGUUCGUGCCAAUGUUAGCAAGAACAUGCAUAAGGGCAAGGGCGCUGUUGAAGUCUUUGUUGAAGGCUUCAGUUGGUAA